CUCAUUCUUCGUCUCUCUCUCUGUCUCUCCGGGCACAGUAGGGCUUCUCUGUCGGACACUUUCGUAUUCUUUUUUCACCGCUGCGCACGUUAGCCCGAGCCGUUCCGCUAUCUUACGCCCCCGGAGGGUUAGAGAGAGUCUGUUAAGAUCCAUCGGUGUGAAUAAUCUGCGAAUCAAAAGGUUUGGGCUUUUGGGGGAGAAAUCUAGAGUUAGAUUUUUUUUUUUUAAUUGCGUUUCAUUUUGAUGCUUUGGCGGGAAGCGGAAUCCGCCGGGACUAAAGUUUGGGUUGGAGCCGUGAGAUGGCUAAUCCCGGAGUCGGGACCAAGUUUGUGUCAGUGAAUCUGAACAAAUCUUAUGGGCAGCCUUCAAAUCAUCACCACCAGCACAACCAUCCUCACAAUCCCGGCUCUUAUGGAUCGAAUCGGGGAAGAGUCGGUGGCUAUGGCUCUGGUGGCGGCGGCGGCGGAGGAAUGGUGGUCCUUUCCCGGCCUCGCAGUUCGCAGAAGGCUGGGCCGAAGCUUUCUGUUCCAUCCCCCUUGAAUCUGCCCUCGCUGCGCAAGGAGCACGAGAAGUUUGAUUCGUUGGGCACGGGUGGCGGGCCAGCCGGUGGAGGGAUUGCUGGUGGCAGUUCGAGGCCGACUUCGUCGGGUAUGGGGUGGACGAAGCUCGGUGCAGUUGCUUUGCAGGAGAAAGAAGGAUUGGGGAGUGAUCAUCACGGAGCUGAUGGUAAUGACAAGGGUUUGAACGGUGUUGAUGGGGUGAUUAAGGGGAGCAGUGCGUAUGUGCCUCCUUCGGCUCGACCUGGUGCAGUUGGUUCCUCUGCUCCGGCUUCUGCACCAGCCUUUCCUCCUUUGGAGAAGGCCCCAGUGUUGAGGGGUGAGGAUUUCCCUUCUUUGAGGGCUGCUUUACCUUCUGCCUCUGGGGCUGCACAGAAGCAAAAGGAUGCUUUGAAUCAGAAUCAGAAGCAGAAGCAGGUUGCUGGUGAGGAGCCAUUUAAUGGGCAGAGGAACGGGAGCCAUUUGAGUACUCCAGUUGAUAUGCGACCUCCGUCACACUCAUCUCGCGUCGGUAUUGGCAAUGGGGUGAAUGAGAAUGUUGAGACCAAUAGUGUGGGUGGUUCUCGAGCAACAGAGCAAGUUCAGAAGCAGGAAGAGUAUUUUCCAGGUCCAUUACCGCUGGUUCGGUUGAACCCCAGAUCAGAUUGGGCUGAUGAUGAGCGUGAUACAAGUUAUGGGCUGACUGAUCGAGGAAGGGACCAUGGUUUUCCAAAGAGUGAAGCUUACUGGGAUAGAGAUUUUGAUAUGCCCAGAGUUAAUGUUUUGCCACACAAACUGGCUCGUAAUACUUCUGAGAGGUGGGGUCAGCGUGACGAUGAAACUGGAAAGGUUACUUCCAGUGAAGUCCCUAAAGGAGACCCUUACAGCAGAGAUGUUAGAGCACCCAGUAGAGAAGGGCGGGAAGGAAUCUCCUGGAAAACUUCAAAUCUUCCAAAAGAUGGUUCAGGUGUUGCAGAAGUUGGUGCAGGGCCAUCUAGUUUGAACAGAGAAAUGUAUAAGGAAAAUAAGUACACCCCUUCACUAUUUCGAGAAAAUGCCCAUGAUGAUUUUGGGAAGAGGUAUGUAGGGUAUGGACAGGGAGGGAAACAGUCAUGGCACAACACUACAGACUCACUUGGUGCCCGAGGGGCUGACCGGACACGGGUGCGCUAUGGAAGUGAACAACACAACAGAUAUAGAGAUAGUGCUUUACAGAAUAGCUCAGUAUCCAAAUCAUCAUACUCAUCGAAUGGCAGAGGGACGCUUGUGAAUGAUCCAAUACUCAACUUUGGCAAGGAGAAACGCUUUUUCUCAAAGAGUGAAAAGCCUUAUGUAGAGGACCCUUUUGGAACAACAGGCUUUGAUAAUCGGGAUCCAUUUUCCGGGGGUCUCCUAGGAGUGGUCAAGAGAAAGAAAGAUGUGCACAAACAGACCGAUUUUCACGAUCCUGUUAGAGAAUCUUUUGAGGCUGAACUUGAAAGAGUUCAGAAAAUGCAAGAACAAGAGCGGCGGCGGAUCAUUGAAGAACAAGAAAGAGCUUUAGAACUAGCUCGAAGAGAAGGAGAGGAAAGAGCAAGGCUGGCUAGGGAACAAGAAGAUAGACAGAGAAGAUUGGAAGAAGAAGCAAGAGAAGCAGCAUGGAGAGCAGAACAAGAACGGCUGGAAGCUAUGAGAAGAGCCGAAGAGCAGAGAAUCACUAGGGAAGAGGAGAAACGAAGGAUUUUCAUUGAAGAAGAAAGGAGGAAACAGGCUGCUAAGCAAAAGCUUCUAGAAUUAGAAGAAAGGAUGGCUAAGCGGCGGUCUGAAGACACAAAGAGUGGGACUAGUUCUUCAGCCCUUGCAGAUGAGAAAUCGUCUCUGACUGGGAAAGAAAAAGACUUCUCGAGGACAGCAGAGGUGGGUGAUUGGGAAGAGGGCGAAAGAAUGGUGGAGAGGGUCACAACUUCAGCAUCCUCCGAUUCAUCUAGUUUGAACAGGCCCAUGGAUAUGGGUUCUAGGUCUCACUUUUCUAGAGAUAAUUCUGGUUUUGUGGACCGAGGAAAACCUGUUAAUUCAUGGAGAAGGGACGCAUAUGAAAAUGGAAACAGCUCAACUGUACUGAUACAAGAUCAGGAUGUUGGACAUCACAGUCCCAGGCGUGAUGCAUCUGUUGGUGGGAGAUCCUAUUCUAGGAAAGAGUUCUUUGGAGGUGCUGGAUUUAUGCCUCCAAGGACUUACCAUAAAGGAGGAAUUUCAGAACCUCAAAUGGACGAUUUCAAUCAUCUAAAAGCGCAGAGGUGGAACCUUCCUGGAGGUGGAGAGCACUUUAGCCGAAAUGUAGAAUUGGACUCUGAAAUUCAUGAUCACCUUGUUGAUGGUUGGGGACCGGGCCGGACCCGUGGUAAUUCUUAUUCUCAAUAUCCUGAUAGAGGAUACCCGAAUUCAGAGGUAGAUGGGCCUUAUUCUUUUGGGAGGUCACGAACCAUGAGGCAACCUCAUGUUCUUCCGCCUCCAUCACUAGCUGCCAUGCACAAAGCCACCUAUAGAGGUGAGAUUGAACGUCCUGGCCCUUCAAAUUUUAUAGAUAGUGAGAUGCAGUACAAUCAUGCAACAAGAACUGAACUUACCACGCAGACAGCUUAUGAGAGUAGUCAUCUUGAGAAUCCUAGACAACCUGAAAUGAUUAAUGCCCAGCAAGAAAAUGAGCAGAAAUUGGAUGGUAAAUCCUCACCAAGGUGCGACUCACAAUCCUCGCUUUCAGUCUCAAGCCCCCCUAGUUCUCCAACUCAUCUCUCUCAUGAUGACUUGGAUGUAUCAAGAGAGUCUUCAGUGUUGUCAGAUGAAGGCGCUGGUAAAGAUGGUUCUUUAUCAGGACUGGAGAAUGAACCUGUUGUUUUACCUCCAAAUGCUGGGAAAGAGAAUCUGAUGACUGCUGAAAACUCUGUCUCUAUGGGUGAGGAUGAAGAAUGGGACGUUGAUAACGAUGAACAGCUGCAGGAGCAAGAAGAAUAUGAUGAGGAUGAGGAUGGAUAUCAGGAAGAAGAUGAGGUGCACGAAGGAGAUGAUGAGAAUGUUGACUUACCCCAGCAGUUUGAAGACAUGCAUUUAGAGGAGAAAGGUUCGUUGGACAUGAUGGAAAACUUGGUUCUAGGCUUCAACGAGGGUGUUGAAGUUGGGAUGCCAAAUGAUGACCUCGAAAGAGAUUUAAGGAACAACGAAAGUGCCUUUGCAGUACCUCCGGUGUCUUCUAGCAUUGUUGAAGAACAGAAGUCAUUUGAUGGAAUUCGCGGUCAUGCUGAAACCCUUCAACCCCUGGAUGGUUAUGCUCAAGUUACUAUUGAUAGUUCUUCUAGAAUGUUCCAGGAAACCGAGAAGGCAAUGCAGGAUUUGGUCAUUCAGCAAAAUAAUACUCCUCAUUUAACAGCAGAAUCUAAACUUUUGGAUCAUGCAGAUGCUUCUAGUAGUUCUGGUCCGUCUCAGCAUCCAGUCAUAUCUCCAGUGAACCUUGCCUCCCAUUCUUCUGGUCAGGCUGUUAUAUCUAGUGUAUCUGCAGUUCCAAAUCAGGCUGAGGUACCUGUUAAGCUUCAGUUUGGGCUGUUUUCGGGUCCUUCCUUGAUACCAUCUCCAGUCCCAGCUAUUCAGAUUGGUUCCAUUCAGAUGCCUCUUCAUCUGCAUCCUCAGGUUGACCCUUCUCUCACGCAUAUGCACCCAUCACAGCCUCCUCUCUUCCAGUUUGGUCAGCUAAGGUACACAUCUCCUAUUUCCCAAGGAGUUGUGCCAUUGGCUCAUCAAUCAAUGUCUUUUGUUCAGCCCAAUGUUCCAUCGAGCUUUUCUUUCAAUCAAACACCAGGAGGUCCACUACCUAUUCAGCCCGGUCAAUAUUCUUCCCAGAGUUUUGCAAAGAAUGAUGCUAUUUUAAUGUCAGUGGACAACAAAACGGGCAUUGCUCCAAGGCAGUUGGAUGUGUCUCAAGGAAAUCUGAAAGAGAAUAAUUCAUUUCCUGCCAGAGAGAAUACUGAAACCCCUGUUAUGGUGCAGCGGGGUCGAUCAGAGAUAUCCUAUAUUGGUGAUAAUAAUUCCAGGUCCGAGUCAGGAGUUGAGGCAGGAGAUGAAGGGUUGAAGACCUACAGUGCUUUGCCCAUUAACCUAGAAGCAGAAGGCCAGCCACAGACUGGGUCAACACUUCCUGUGAUGAAAGAAAAAGAUCAAAGUGGGACAAAGGCCCACGGCUCAGUAUCUAGUGGCAGGGGGAAAAGAUACAUAUUUGCGGUAAAGAAUUCAGGGGCCAGGUCAUAUCCUGCUUCUGAGUCGACCCGCACUGAGACUAAUGGAUAUCAGAGGAGGCCUCGGCGCAAUAUUCCACGAACUGAGUUUCGGGUUCGGGAAAGUGUUGACAAGAGACAAUCUGCUGGUUUGGUUUCGCCUGAUGAUCCUGGAUUGGAAGAGAAGUCAAAUGCCACUGGAAAGGGUCCAGGAAUUUCCGUUAAAACUGGGCCCCGGAAGGUUGUCUUGUCUCAUAAAGUGUCAAAACAGACAUUAGAAUCAGAGAUAUCGAGCUCUGCUCUACUUAGUUCACGGCAAAUAGAUUCUUCGAGUAGGGUUGAAAAGGGGUCUGGAAAAGAAUCCUCCUUAAAAGGUCAGGAUGUUCCUCGGUCUCGAGAAGGGAAGCUUAAAAGGAAUGUCUCUGAAGGUGAUGUUGAUGCUCCUCUGCAAAGUGGCAUUGUCCGUGUUUUUGAGCAACCUGGGAUAGAAGCCCCAAGUGAUGAAGAUGAUUUUAUUGAAGUGAGGUCGAAGAGGCAAAUGCUGAAUGAUCGGCGUGAACAGAGAGAGAAGGAAAUCAAGGCCAAGUCUCGGGUCACUAAGUUGCCUCGAAAAUCUCGUUCUAAUUUUAAAAGCACUCCCUUAGCAAACUCUGGUAAAGUUUCGGCAUCUUCUGGUGGAGAAGCAGCAAACAACAUUCGCCCUGAUUUUGUUACCACUGAGGGACGUGGAUUGACAAAUCCUGAAUUGUCUACUGGAUUUAACACCAGCUUAGUCUCUCAGCCAUUGGCUCCUAUUGGCACCCCUGCUGUGAAAAGUGAUUCCCAGACAAACAGACCAAUCCAGACAAGCUCCCAGUCUGUUGUGUCUGCUGCUGCAAAAAAUAUUGGAUCAAGCUUGGUGUUUGACAACAAAGCUAAGGUUCUUGAUAAUGUUCAAACAUCGUCGAACUCUUGGGGUAAUUCGCGAAUUAAUCAUCAACAGGUUAUGGCUCUGACGCAGACCCAACUUGAUGAGGCUAUGAAACCUGGGCAAUUUGAUCCUCGUGCUUCUGUUGGGAAUCAGACUAGCUCGGUUAGUGAUUCCAGCAUGACAUCAUCUUCCAUCUUGACAAAGGACAAGCCAUUUUCUUCCACUGCAAGUCCAAUCAAUUCCCUUCUUGCUGGGGAAAAGAUUCAGUUUGGUGCAGUCACAUCUCCAACAAUUCUCCCUCAUAGUAGCCGUGCUGUUUCACAUGGAAUUGGUCCCCCGGGUCCAUGUAGGUCUGAAGUGCAACUUACCCACAAUCUUGGUGGAGCUGAGAAUGAUUGUGAUCUUCUUUUUGACAAAGAGAAGCACAUCACAAAAUCUUGUGUUCAUCUUGAAGAUUCUGAAGCUGAAGCUGAAGCUGAAGCAGCUGCUUCAGCUGUUGCUGUUGCAGCAAUUAGUAAUGAUGAAAUUGUUGGGAACGGGCUGGGUACUUGCUCUGUCUCCGUUACUGAUACCAAGACUUUUGGAGGUGCUGGUAUUGAUGGAAUAACAGCAGGUGGGGCUAAUGAUCAGCGAUUCAGUUGUCAAUCGAGGGGUGAAGAGUCUCUUAGUGUAUCUCUCCCAGCAGAUUUAUCUGUUGAGACUCCACCAAUUUCCUUAUGGCCACCCUUACCAAGUCCACACAAUUCUUCAAGCCAAAUGCUUUCACAUUUCCCUGGCGGUCCACCUUCUCAUUUUCCCUUCUAUGAGAUGAAUCCCAUGAUGGGGGGUCCUGUCUUUGCUUUUGGACCACAUGAUGAAUCUGCAUCUACUACCCAGUCACAGUCCCAGAAGAGCACCGCACCAUCUCCAGCACCGGUAGGAGCCUGGCAGCAAUGCCAUUCUGGUGUAGAUUCGUUUUAUGGUCCUCCUGCAGGGUUUACUGGUCCUUUCAUUAGUCCACCCGGGGGCAUCCCAGGGGUUCAAGGCCCCCCCCACAUGGUUGUUUAUAAUCAUUUUGCACCAGUUGGACAGUUUGGGCAAGUUGGGCUUAGUUUCAUGGGUACCACCUACAUUCCAUCUGGGAAGCAGCCUGAUUGGAAGCACAGCCCUGUAUCUUCUGCCAUGGUUGUUGGCGAGGGGGAGAUUAACAAUUUGAAUAUGGUUUCUGGACAGCGCAAUCCUACAAACAUGCCCACUCCGAUCCAGCAUUUGGCCCCAGGAUCACCACUCCUUCCCAUGGCUUCUCCUUUAGCAAUGUUUGAUGUUUCUCCGUUCCAGUCCUCUCCUGACAUGUCUGUUCAGGCUCGCUGGCCCCAUGUUCCUGCAUCGUCCCUCCAAUCUGUUCCGAUGUCGAUGCCCUUGCAGCAAGCAGCAGAUGGUGUACUGCCUUCUAAACUUAGCCACCCUUCUUCUGUUGACCAAUCAUUAAAUACCAACAGGUUCCCUGGCUCCCGAAAUUCUACACCGUCUGACAAGAAUCGGAGUUAUCCUGUGACAACUGAUGCCACCGUCACUCAAUUGCCUGAUGAACUAGGGUUAGUAGACCCUUCAAGUUCCACCAGUAAUGGGAUUUCAACACAGAAUGUUGUCCCUAAGAGUUCUUCUGUAAGCACGAGUUUGGACACUGGCAAGUCUGAUGUUGUUGCUCAAAAUGCUAUUAGCAAUGUUAGUGGCCAGAAUGCUAGUUCCAAUUUGAAGACUCAGCCUUCGCAGCAUAAGAAUCAUAUCUCGAGCCAUCAGUAUGGUCAUUCCUCUGGUUAUAGUUAUCAUAGAGGCGGAGGCGCUUCUCAAAGAAAUAACUCCGCGGGUGAAUGGACCCAUCGAAGAAUGGGUUUCCAAGGAAGGAAUCAAUCUCUGGGCGGAGAAAAAGGUUAUCAUUCUUCAAAAAUGAAGCAAAUUUAUGUGGCUAAACAGACCUCAACCGGGUCAUCGACAGCAUCGUGAUAAGCCAGAAAAAUGAGCUUGGAUUUUGAAUGGAUUGCUCGAGGUCGAAGCAUUUGUUCAGGAAUAAAAAAUUUUGGUCAUUUUUUGCAGCACCUAUUGCAUUGAUUAGGUAUGUUUAGUUUUGAGAUUUGGCUUUUCUUGACUAGAGUCCAUAGAUACUAUGAUAGUUAUCCCCCAUGAAGGUUGCAGAACUGGCUGAUAUAGUAGUUUUGGGCUACCUAGCGUAAGAGUGAUAAAAAAGUGUUCGGGUUUUACGUGCCAGUUCGGACUGAUGGGCAGCACUUUGUUGUGAUGUAGUUGUGCUGUUUGUUGGCUGCACAUAAGACUCGAGAUUUAUAAAACAUUGAUGUACUAGAAAUUUAUUCGGUCCGGGUAAGAUUUUUUUUUUCCCCCCAAUUUUAGUAAUGAUAUAUGUAGCUUAAGGAAAUGUUUUUCCUCGGAA